AUGGUCUCAUUUAGAAGAUAUAUGAGGAUACCUAAUGAGCUUAAACCCUCUGUGAUAUUCAAACAGGACUCACUGUCCCCUAGUAAAAUCGCUUUACAAAUUGCAUUAUUACAGUUAUUUUAUUACACAACUGCAUCUGUAUUGUUUUUUUGUUGGGCAAAAUUAUCAGGUCAACAUAUAGAGAUGAAGAAUUGGUUAUUCACUUCAAAAUACAUCGAAUUUACAAAUGGUUAUGGUUUAACGUUAUCAUUAUUAUGGCUGUUAGACUCUCUAAUUUGUGUAAUAUUUUUAACUGUUAUUGUAGGGAGAAGUAAAUUAGCAUGGGAUUUUGCAAUUACAAUACACGCAAUAAAUUUAAUAGUGGUAUGGAUUUAUUCAGGCAAUCUUCCUUCUUUUCCAUGGUUUAUAUUACAAAUUUUUUCAUCUCUAAUAUUAAUAUUCUUAGGCACAUAUACCACUAGAUGGAGAGAAUUAAGAGAUACAUUCUUCGAAGGUAUGGUUGACACUUUAUCGACCGAUGAUCUUAAUAGAGAUCAAAUCAACAAUAUUAAUUCUUCCGAAAAUAUCAUCAACAACAAGCCAAUAGAGAUGAGAGAUAUAGAAGCACAACAAUGA